AGGAGGAGGAGAAGGAGGCMUUAGAACCUCUCCUGGUCCCCAAUUUCAAUUUUUGGUGGGGGAAGGUCAAGACACCAAAGUGGAUCACUCCCUUAGGUUCCAUUGCCCCAUUUCCCCCACUUCUUGGGGGAAGAAAGAAGACCUCAGGAUGGGAGCAGCCAACUGUGAAGAUGAAGAUCUGGAGUUCAAGCUGAUUUUUGGAGAGGAAGAGAAAGAACCCCCAGCUAUGGGAGUCCCCCUGGAUUCAGACCUGGAUGCAGACAACCUUCCUGUCUAUUGUUCCCUUGCUUUGGGUGAUCCACCGCCCUAUGCCUCUCCUCUAAGCAUCCCAUGUCCAUUGCAUCUUAGUAGCAGCCGUGCGGGCAUGCAUUCUCCUCCUCCCCGUCCGGCCGACUUAGAUGGCGACACUUUUGAGAGUCAACCAGCUCGGCGGGUCCGUCUUGGAGGUUCCCGGGUUCUGGAGUGCCCCAGCAUCCAGAUCACCACCAUUUCUCCAAGCCGACGGUGCGAGGAAGAUGACUGGGACUCUUCCCCCCGUGAUUAUCUCCUUCUGGAGGCUUUUGGGGGGUACCGAGAAACGACUCCAUCGUCCGGCUUCUUUACCCCCAGUCCAGCCAGCAGUGGCAGUGUAUCGCCAUGGAGCUUUUUCUCAGAUGAUGAAACCCCCGCCGGAGAUGAUGUGGAGCAUGAGUUGAAUGAGGCGGCUGCCCGAUUUGCCCUCAAUUCCCCCUUGGGUUCUCCUCGGGGCUCUCCGAAGCCGUGGUCGUCGGCCGAGGAGUCUUGGCCGGGUUAUGGGGUCAACUACUCCCCGAGUCGUGGAGCAGAGGACGGGUGGAUGGUUCUGGGCCCUCGCCCGGCUUCUCCUUGCGGUAAGCGGCGUUAUUCCAGCUCCGAAACGCACUCCUCGGCAUCUCCAUGCUUGUCCCGGAGGGGCAGCCUUGGUGAGGAAGCCACAGGGGAGUCUGUGGAAGCAAGUGGAGACGGAACCACCUUCAACUCUACUGGAGCCCGGCUGGUGGAAAGUAUUCCCCAAAAAGCUCGGAAGACUUCAACGGAGCAGACGGUGGCACUGACCCGGAAAGAGGAUGGGAGUUGCAAUGGAGAGGAUGCUGGUAAUGGUUUUGGGCUUGGAAUGGCCCGGAAAGAAGGGAUGGAUUACCUUGCCGUACCAUCACCGCUGGCCUGGUCCAAGGCUCGGAUUGGAGGCCAUAGUCCCAUAUUCAGGUCUUCCACUCUCCCACCCCUGGACUGGCCCCUCCCCAGUCAAUAUGAGCAGUAUGAGCUGAAGAUCGAAGUGCAGCCUCGAAACUACCACCGAGCCCAUUACGAGACGGAAGGCAGCAGGGGAGCUGUGAAGGCUGCACCGGGAGGACAUCCUGUGGUGAAGCUUAUAGGUUACGACGAGAAACCUCUCACCCUGCAAAUGUUCAUUGGCACGGCAGAUGAGCGCAACCUGCGUCCGCACGCUUUCUACCAGGUCCACCGCAUCACGGGGAAGAUGGUGGCCACCACCAGUUACGAAUCCAUCAUCAGCGGCACAAAGGUCCUCGAGAUGUCGCUGCUCCCAGAGAACAACAUGGCUGCAAACAUUGACUGUGCUGGGAUCUUGAAGCUGCGGAAUUCGGACAUUGAGCUGCGCAAGGGCGAGACGGACAUUGGCCGCAAGAACACGCGGGUGCGCCUGGUCUUCCGGGUCCAUGUGCCGCAAGGGAAUGGCAAGGUGGUUUCCAUCCAGGUGGCUUCGGUGCCCAUUGAGUGCUCCCAGCGCUCAGCUCAGGAGCUCCCCCAAGUGGAAAACUACAGCCUCAGUGCCUGCUCCGUCCAUGGCAGUGAAGAAAUGGUGAUCACCGGAGCCAACUUCCUGCCCGAAUCCAAGGUUGUCUUCAUUGAGCGAGGCCCUGAUGGAAAACUCCAAUGGGAAGAAGAGGCAAAUGUAAAUCGGUUGAAAAGCACAGAGGCUUCACUGACCCUCACAGUCCCAGAAUACAACAACAAGCGAGUUUCACGACCUGUUCAGACCUAUUUUUAUGUUUCCAACGGCCGCCGGAAAAGAAGCCCUGCUCAGGCUUUCAAAUACUUACCUGUGAUCUUCAAGGAAGAACCACUGCAAGACUCCCCACAUCAUAACUUCCCCCAUGUCUCUCAAAGCAGUCAUUUCCCACAACAAACAGCCCCAGGAACCAUGGAUUUCUCCCCCUCAAGGCCGCCCUUCCCUUACGACCAUUCUCCCCCCUGUUCUCCUUAUGGUCCAGAGUGGAAUCCAUGUUCAUUCCCAGCCCCACCGCGCUACAGCCCCACUUUCCGGUUCCCCUCCAACGAGCCCUACAGGGGGGCUAACCUUUCUGUCCCACUGCUCGCCCCACCGGCCUUGCCCCACUUCCAMGCUCUGGAAUGCCGCCCGCCCCACUUCCAGCCCCCCAGCUCACCGCUUGCCCCUCCGCCUCCAGGGCAGGCGGAAACGUGCAGCAGGGAGAGAACCCCAGAGUGGGCAGAUCCAGAACCGGGGUCUGAGGAGCACAGCACCAAGGGGAAGUCGGGGUUUGGCGGUGGCUUCCAGGAGAACAUGCCCAUCCAUGGGAUCACGCUGGAGGAAGUAACUGAGAUCAUCGGCAGGGACUUGAGCGACUUCCCCGAACCACCUUGCGAAGGAGGCCGGAGUUGAGAGAAAACAUAUCCCAGGACUUUCCAAAGGAAUCAGAAGCUUGACUUGGAGGACAUUCAGUGACAUCGAAAGAUUGCCAUAAGCAACUAUCAUGCUGGUUUUGGGGGACCCUGAUAUUUAUACAUUUAUUGUUGAGGGUUUUUUUACUUACUGUUUCAUAUGUUCUUCCAUCCUAUUGUUUCUGCUGGUGCUUAUGUAAGAUGUAGUGUAGCUCAAAAGGGCCAGAAAAAGCAGAGACUCCCCUGGCCAAGUCUUCUGUCCUCCAAUGAUGUCCAGUCAUCAAAAAAAGGAUCAGCAGGUCUCUUGUCACUAUUGGUCUGCUCCAUUGCUGUCACUUUAUAGCAGGCAUGGGCAAACUUGGGCCCUCCAGGUGUUUUGGACUUCAACUCCCA